AAGAUCUCACAGUAAGUUAAACGUUUUUCCAUGUACCAAAAAAAAAAAAAAAAAAAACGUUUUUCCUGUGCAUACUUAAAUUUUGCAACGAACCUAUUGAUGAGUGUUACCUACUAGGAAACAACAGAACAUGAUUUUUUUUUUAAUUACUUCACUUUCAUUCAUUCAUUGAUCUAUAAAUAUAAGUUAAAUCUACCAUUUGAUACCGACAAACUCUAAAUUUCUCCUUAACAAACAAACAAACCCCAACUGUGUUCUUUUGCUAACAGAUCAACAUGUGUUCUACUUCUAUGUCUGAAAAUUUUGUAUUUUCACUUGCAAUACUUCUUCUGUUGUUGAGCACAUCAUGCUCAGGUACAAUUCUGAAGACUGAAGCUAAGAUAAAAUCAGCUGUUUUUUUGUCCCCCAAAUUUGAGCUAGGACCUGGAUCAGUUGUUAAUGGAAUUUAUUAUGAUAUUGAUUUUCCAAGAGGUCAUGUAGCAAUCAAGAGUUUCAAUGCUGAAGUUGUUGAUGCAGCUGGUAAUCCUAUACCUCUUCAUGAAACUUAUCUCCAUCAUUGGCUUGUUGUAAGAUACCAUCAAAGUAAAGCAAACUUGCAGUGGAAUAAUACUGUUAGGAACAGUGGCUUAUGUCAGGGAAAUACUCUUCCACAAUACUUUGGUCUUGGAUCCGAAACACGAGGAACAGCGACCGAUAUUCCGGAUCCUUUUGGAAUAGAAAUAGGGAAUCCUGCAGAGAUUCCGGAAGGGUUCGAGGAGAAAUGGUUGGUUAAUGUUCAUGCAAUUGAUACACGCGGUGUGGAGGAUAAGUUAGGGUGCACUGAAUGUAAGUGUGACCUUUAUAAUGUUACGGUGGAUUCACAUGGAAGGUCUAUUAGGCCAGAUUAUAAAGGAGGUUUGGUAUGUUGUUAUGAUCAUACACAGUGUAAGUUGAAGGAUGGUUUUGUGGGUUCAAAGAGAAGUCUUUACCUGAAAUACACUGUGGAAUGGGUUGAUUGGGAUGAUUUUAUAGUGCCUGUUAAGAUAUAUAUAAUUGAUGUGACUGAUACUUUGAAACUAUCAGAUUAUUCAAAAGGAAUGAAUUCAGACCAUAAUUGCAAGAUUGAUUAUAUAGUUGAAGCUUGCAAUGCAGACCAUAAUGAGGCAAAUAGUUGUGUUCAUGUGAAGAGGACAAGUCUCCCACUACAAAUUGGUGGCUAUGUGAUAUAUGGUGUUGCUCAUCAACAUUCGGGUGGAAUUGGAUCAACUCUAUAUGGACAGGACGGAAGGGUUAUAUGUUCAUCUAUACCAACUUAUGGAAAUGGAAAUGAUGCCGGAAAUGAAGCAGGGUACAUUGUAGGAAUGUCCACUUGUUAUCCUAAACCAGGUUCUGUCAAAAUAAUUGAUGGUGAAACUUUAACUCUAGAAUCUAUCUACAAUAGCACCAAGGAACACGCUGGAGUAAUGGGGCUUUUCUACUUUUUAGUAGCAGAACAACUCUCGUACCAACACUUCAGACAUUCUACACGUUCUUCAUUUAUUAUGGAUGUAAAUAAUAUAUUUCUAGAUAACUAGUUACUAUUAUAUGGUAAAUAUAAAUGGAGUGGCAUCGAUGAUAUCAAAAUACUAUAUGAUUGAUCAAGAGGAAUAAAGACAAGAUUGGAAAGUUUAAUUGGAUGAUUACACUUUCUAUCUGUAUUUAGCUAGCUAUAGGAGAAAAACAAGAUGUGGGCAUAUCCUCUAGGCUCUAGUUUCCUGUAAUUGUUUAGUUUGUAUUUUUGGAUUCAUCCACUCUUUCUUGUAUCAUAUGGAUAUGGCUAUGUGAUAUGUUUGUUGUACAAUGUAGCAUAUUGAUAUGCCUAAAAUAUGGGAUUUCCAUUUAUUAUGAAGAA